AUGGUGUAUAAGGCAAAGUUGUUGUUGGCCUGGUUUAAAUUGAUUUCUGAAAAUGAAGGAGCCCAUCGCUACUCAUAUGUUGACAUUCCAUAUCACUUUGUAUUUGAUGAUAAACGUUGUAAAUGGAAGGCAAAAGGAGCAACAUCUUGGAAGGAUUUGCGUACUGUUAAUGGAACAGUCCUUGAAACCUUUCGUGAAGCGUGUGUUUUUAAAGGUUUGCUGCAAGAUGACACUAAAUGGCAGAAUACUCUUUCUGAGGCAGGUUUAACGCAAAUUAGGCAGCUGUUUUCAAUUAUUUUAACCUUUUGUGAACCUGAUGACCCUUUGCAUCUUUGGAAUACAUACAAAGCUUUUAUGAUGGAGGAUUUCAUUCAUCACCAAGUUCCAUUUAUAUUAGCUGAACAAGCUACUCUUCGUCAAAUCGAAAAGAUUAUUAAUCAAAGUGGUAAAACGCUAUCUGAUUAUAAUUUGCCUGUUGUUAAUGAAUUCAUAGAUUUUAAUUUUGAAAAUUUAAAUGAUAAUGUUCAGCAAUCAAUUGACGAAGCUAAUAGAAUAAGACCGCUUCUUAAUGUUAAUCAAUUAAAUGUAAGUAAUGCUGUCCCUGCUGCAUUGAACAAGCAACCAAGUGUAGAAAAUCAACAUUCCAAUUUGUUUUUUAUGGAUGGACCAGCCGGUAGUGGCAAAACUUCUUCAUAUAAUUAUUUGAUUGCUGCAUGGAUUGGCAUAGCAGCAACUCUUCUUACAAAUGAAUCUACGCUGCACGGCUUAUUAAAACUUCCUGUCCCAAUACUGGAUAACAGCACAUAUUAUAAUAUUAAACGUGUCAUUUUAACACCUACUAAUGUGGGUUCAUUGUCAAUCAAUGAAGAAGUGCUUGAAUGUCUACAUGGAGAGGUCAAAACUUAUUUAAGUGCUUAUCAAAUAGACACUGACAAUCCUAAUGAAAUAAAUAAUUUCUCUGUUGAGUUUUUUCACAGCUUAACUCCUUCAGGUAUGCCUACUCAUUGUUUAAAAUUGAAAAUUGGUUUUGUAAUUAUGCUACUUAGAAAUUUAGAUCUUAAAGGUGGGCUAUGUAAUGGAACCCGAAUGAAAGUUUGUGGUCUCCAAAACAACUAUAUUGACGCAGAAGUUUUGACAGGUGUUUCUGAAGGUAAACGGGUAUUUGUUCCUCGAAUUCAGUUGGCUCCAUCAAAUUCUAAUUUACCUUUUGUUCUAAAACGUCGUCAGUUUCCUGUCAGAUUGGCUUAUUCGAUGACAAUCAAUAAAAGUCAAGGUCAAACAUUUGAUAGAGUUGGGGUAUAUCUAAAAAAACCGUGUUUCUCCCAUGGUCAACAAUACGUUGCAUGUACAAGAACUAGAGCAUUUAAUAGUUUGUUUUUCAAAAUUGAUAAACAUCCUAUUCAAGGUAUGGUAGGCGAAAAAUACUACACAAUUAAUGUUAUAUUUUCUAAUGUUCUUAGUUUAUAG